AUGCGCUGCGCAGAGCGUCACCGAUUCACCGGCACCGCCAUCAUCGCCGCCGCAAUUGCUAAGCGAUCGAAACCUCAAAUACAAACGCAAGUUUCCCAAAACCCCUCCAUCUCCUCCAAAAUCCCAUUCCGGCCCCGCAAAAUCAUAAAAAUCUCCAAGACCCCCACCGCCAAGCCCUCUCCCUCCUCCUCCUCAUCCCCCGCGCUCCCCAUCCUAAUCUCACUAACCUCCCAAUCCGAAAUCAACCUCGCCCUUCAACACUUACUGAGCUCCGACCCGCUUUUAACGGCCCUGAUCGUCUAUACCCCGCCGUCCUUCGAUCCCAACCGUCCACCAUUCAUAUCCCUCGCAAGAAGCAUUAUUUACCAGCAGCUCGCCACCAAAUCCGCUCAAUCGAUCUACACGCGGUUCGUUUCGCUCUGCGGCGGCGAGGCCUCGGUGGUCACCGACGUCGUUUUGUCGCUCUCGGCCCAGAAGCUCCGGACAAUCGGCGUCUCGGACCGAAAAGCUUCGUAGAAGUACAGCGAUGGGACUUUGUCCGAUUCGUCGAUUCACGAAAUGGACGAUGAGGCUCUACUCACAAUGCUGACUCUGGUGAAGGGAAUUGGGGUUUGGUCGGUCCACAUGUUCUUGAUGUUCUCGCUUCGCCCGGCGGACGUGCUGCCGGUCGGCGAUCUCGGCGUGAGGAAAGGAGUGAAGUUGUUGUAUGGGUUGAAGGAGUUGCCGAAACCGUUGGAGAUGGAGGAGCUGUGUGAGAAAUGGAAACCUUAUAGGUCUGUUGGGUCUUGGUACAUGUGGAGGUACAUGGAGGCCAAGGGGGUCCUGUAGCAGCAAUUGAGGAGGCUUUGCUCAUAUGGUUUUCAAAUUCCGGGUAAUCGCCCUUUUCCUCUGAAGUUGGUAAUCUAUUGCAUUCUUAUUGAAUCACUUUGUAGUUUGUGUAUAUUUGUUGUAGGAUUGAAUUUCUGUUCUAGUUCACUGGUUUCUUGGACUGAAAGUCUGAAACUUGAAAUCAUGUUGCUCUGUAAUCUAUUGGUUGUGUAAUGAAAGGUGAUGUUUCAGUA